ACCUUUAUUUAGUCGACCUGUUCAAUCGGGAAUGAUUAAACGAGCGUACCUUAAUACUUAUAUGGCUUUAACACGACUGCGAAUAUCCUCAAAAUAUAUAUAUUUUUUCAGGACUGUCGAUUUUUCUAAAUGAAAAACUUAAAAUAAACAAUCUCAAAGCGUUGUCUUGGAGGGUAGCGACGCUAUGUGGUCCGUCUAGCGUCCAUCUAGCAGCGCUAUGCUACGUGUACAGUAUCGGCUGAGUGACGCCAGAGAGCAAACACACAAGAUGUAGAAGAUGGAAAGGACUACAAGGGUGUCCACAUUUGUUUUGAGUUCCUCUAAAUCGCACACGGAAAAAAAAAUUCGUCUGCAACGACAUGAUUGUCACGAACGAUGCUUGUUUUGCAAACCGCUUUUUUAAUUGUCCGAAAGAGAGUCUCUACUUAACCGAAAUGAUCAAGAUGAGAGACUGACAUUAUGUGUAUUGGGUCGGGCUGACCGAACCUCCAGUACUAGAACCAAUUUCUGAGGAAUACCCUGAACUAAGCUAAGUUUGAGUUUGAAAAUGAUGUAUUCAUCGAGGAGGAAGCCUGUUCUCUACUUCAAAGAGGAAAGAAGAAAUGAGAUCCCCAGACAGCCUCUUCCAGAGAAGACUUGGCUCUCUGAGUUCCUCUCUGGGAAGUUUACGGUCUACAAACUGUUUGGGCUCUGCAUGGUCUUAGGGCUCGUCUCCCUCAUCCUGCUCCAGCUCAGCUGCUCAGGGGACAUGUCCUACAUCAGCAGUGGCGCCAUGGCCGUCGCUCGCUCCUCCCAUCAGCAGCAGCCCUGUCCGCCGGAGACCCAGGCUGCCGCCGCUGCCUCUGUGGAUGACCCCAGCUGGGGACCUCACAAGCUGGCCCUGAUCAUCCCCUUCAGAGAGCGCUUUGAGGAGCUGCUGGUCUUCGUUCCCUUCAUGCACGCCUUUCUCAACAAGAAAAAGAUCCGCCACCGCAUCUUCGUGAUCAACCAGGUGGACCACUACAGGUUCAACCGUGCCUCCCUGAUCAACGUGGGCUACACGGAGAGCGGUAACGACACAGACUACCUGGCCAUGCAUGACGUGGACCUGCUGCCGCUCAACCCGGCCCUGGACUACGGCUUCCCCGAGGAGGGCCCCUUCCACGUGGCCUCCCCGGAGCUCCACCCGCUCUAUCACUACAAAACCUACGUGGGGGGCAUUCUGCUGCUCACCAAGAAGCACUACAACAUGUGUAACGGCAUGUCGAACCGCUUCUGGGGCUGGGGGAGAGAGGACGACGAGUUCUACCGAAGACUGAGGAAGGCUGGGUUGCAGUUGUUCAGGCCCAGCGGAAUCACAACAGCCUACAAGACCUUCAGACACAUCCAUGAUCCGGCCUGGAGGAAGAGAGACCAGAAGCGGAUCGCCUCGCAGAAACAGGAGCAGUUUAAGGUGGACCCCGAGGGGGGGCUGACCAACCUGCUGUACCAGGUGGACUCCAGACAGGAGGUGACCAUCAGUGGAGCCCCCUGCACCAUCGUCAACACCAAGCUGGAUUGCGACCAGAACCUCACACCCUGGUGCCUCAUGGCCUAGAACGAACCCCCCCCCCCCCCCCCCCCCCCCCACACACACACACACACACACCCAGCAGAACAUGGAGGACAGAGUAGACCCACAACAAGCUUGUUGCGGCCUGCUAAAAAGUCAAUGUUUUUCAUUUAUCUAUCAAAUGCGGUCCUUCAGCAGUGGGUCUGGACUACGGCAGCACUGGCUUCCAGCCACAGUUCCUCUUGUAUGUGGGUCUGCAGUGUUGGAAGGAGUGUUUCUCAGGGCAGGGGGGUGGGGGGGGAUCCUGCUAGAUGCCUCUGCCUACAAACUUCCAGGACCAUCUCGCGCGGCCUAUGGGAGCAGUGCAUGAACACUCCCCUGUGCUUUAAACACACUCCCUCGUCUGCAGAACAGGGCUAGAUCAUUUGCGGGGAAAGUCCUGCAUUCACCCAAGGCUAGACGACUAGACUGGAGUAUUCUUGAAAUGCAAACAGAACUGUUUGGUUGGAUGUGCACCAAAGAUGGACCUCUCGGUAGUACCCUGGUUACGGUCGUUCUAAGGCGUUUCUCUGAAAACCCUGAGUCUUCCCAGGACCUGAACUAUGCUGACCCAACCAUGCAGCAUCUCAAAUCGGCCCGGACGCCAGAACCAUGAUAGAAUGGCUGUUGGCAUGGUACCUUUUACGAGCAGAACCAAACCGAACGGGGAGGAUGUGAUCAGCACUGCUGCGUGCCUCAGGUGUGCUCGCACAUGACAUGCUUUAUACGGUUUCGCUGAUUCAUUUUUUAUUUUGUUAGUUAGUGCAAAUGCAUGCCAGAUCUCGGGCAAGUGAUCUGACAUUUGACCUGCCAUGAAGCCAGCAUGUUGACGGAUAUCUAAACGGCUCGGUAUGAGCCAGACACAAACAGGAGAACACGCUGCGGUUUGUACUUUUACUUGUAAAUAUGCCGAGCCUAAAUGUAACCCAUUUGUCGGUUGAUUUUGUUCAUCACCAUACAGUAUUCCAGACAUCAGGCCAGACAACUCUGGGUUUUUGCAUAGUGUAUUUCAUAAAGUUUGUCGCUGACGACUUCUGAUGGAUAACUCUGAGCCUUGAGGCCUCAUUAUCAAUGAAAAAAUACUUAAUACAGGGAGACUUAAAAGAACAUGCAAGCUGACAACUGUCUUCUCCAGCUUUCUUCUGUGCGUCAGUUUGUCCCACAGCGUUUUUUUUACGGUUCCCUGCUGGAACAACCUGUCUUGAGCUGCCUGGUGUGACGUGGUUCAAACCACCACCAUCUGCCUUGUAUUCGGCGCAUGUACGACAGAACAUUAGGGUUUAGGUUAAAGCAAAACAUUUGGUAUUUAAUGUGUUGUUGAAUAACUGGUGAUUUGAAUGGUUAUGUUAAUACUAAGGGUACAACAGGAUAGAAACGGGAAGCUGAUGGUGCUAAAGUGCAAGUGAUGGGUACGCUAUUGGGAAAGUAAGAUGGAAUACUGGAAUGUAUUUAUAAAAUACUUCAGAGUCCACUCAUGUUGUUUUAUCUAUUUGUGUGUGUGUGUGU